AUGUGUGCUUUACCACGCUCAUUAUCAAUCUUGAAUCUUUCUGGUUUCAACCUAUCAGAUGAUGCUAUUCCAAAGGAUCUUGGCAGCCUAUCCCCGUUGCAGAACUUGGAUCUAAGUAGAAAUCUAAUCUGUAGCAUACCAGAGAGCAUCAAGUGUCUAACUAUGCUCCACAGACUCGAUUCAAAGUACUAUCCAAAACUCCAGUUACUGCCAGAGCUUCCAAUGAGUUUAAGGUCGUUGGAAUUACUCGAGUGCAGGUCAUUGGAAAUGAUAACAAAUCUACCAAACCUGUUGAAUUCACUUUUAUUAUUUACAGGUAAUUGUGAGAAAGUAACUGAGGUUCAGAGAAUGUUCAAGUUAGAAGCAAUUGGAAACUUUGAUGAAGUAAUGAUCGGCAAUUUGGGCUUGUCCAACUUGGAAUUCCUGAGAAAUAUUGAAGUGUCUUUGUUGAAUAACACGGCGCAUGGACUGUAUGAACUGGGUAUAUUUAGCACAUAUCUCCCUGGUAGUGAAGUCCCAGGCUGAUUCAGCAUGAAGACUAAGUUUCUCUCCGACGUGAAACUCUCUCUCAUUUGGUGAGAGGGUCCUUACAAAU